AUGGUCGCCGUCGAUAGUCCGUUCGGCCGGUUAGGAUUGAGUAUUUGCUACGAUCUGCGAUUUCCGGAGAUCUAUCAGCAGCUGAGAUUCAACCGCGGCGCGGAGGCGGGGAACAACAGCGCUGACAAGGAGACUUACGGUGGAGGUAUGAUUAUUGAUCCGUGGGGUAAAGUUAGUGGGCGGUUGCCUGAUCGGCUGUCGACUGGAAUUGCGGUUGCGGAUAUUGAUUUUGCGGCGAUUGAUUCGAUUAGGAAGAAGAUGCCGAUCGAUCAGCACCGGAAGCCGAGUGAGUUCUGGAGAUCGUUGGAGAAAAAGCAGCUCUGCUGA